UUGAAGUUUAAUAACUGAUUUCACGUAAAUGAAAAGCAAAAUAAAAGUAACUCAACCUGGCAGCAGCAAAUGAAACUAUCUGACAUUCAGGGACAUGCAUUUGGUCCUGUUUUGCAUGUCACAUGCAAACCAAAACAAAUUUUUGAAAUGGAUACGCACACACUGUCAAUACUUUGUAAAAGCUUUCAUUAUACAUUUUUGUGGUAUGUCUGUACAAACUUUGCUCAUCUAGAGACUGAAAUUUGCUUAUUCUUUUUAUCACAACAGUUAUUGCAUAGUCAGGUGCUGAACACAGUAUAGCCUUUUUUUUUUGUAUUGCUAGGAGUUUAUCAUGUUUCAAGUAGAAAUGUACAAAUGAUCACAGCUUAUUUUACUUCGUCUGAGCUAAUCUACCUCAAUUAACAGCAAAAAUGACCAAUCAGGAAAUCCUUUUGUAGUAAUUGCAACAGGCAAGAGCUAAAAAUAAUCCUUUGUUGGCUUCACUUGUAGUUUCAUACUGUCUCUGGCAUCUUAUUAUCUUUUCCAUUGACACUAAUAGCCUGAAACAUGUCAAAUAUAACCUAAUAUCCCUUGAUAUGAUAUUGAAUAGCUUUAAUCACAACAAAACAAUCAUUUGAUUAAAGAUUACAUGGUCUGAAAACAAACCAAGACAUGAACAUUCUCCAGCCUUUAUCAGGUGCACCCAUUCAUCUGCUUGUUGGUUGCCAAUCACUAGGUGGUCUCUGCUACAGGGUCAUACAGGUUAUACAAUCCUCAGACUUGCAAGCAUCGGUGACAAUGAAUGUUUUGUCCCCAAAGGACACCUUGUAGACGGGAAAAGCUGGGACCAAACUGUCCAAACUGCAGAUGGCUGCAGAUCAAAAACUUUAACAAUCUUAACAAAAGGCCUUCACAUUUCUUCACUGCGACCCUGUUAGGUGGAUGCCCACAAAAUUAGAUUAGGAACAUGGAGACCCUCUUUUAUGAGAUCUUUUCUUCGGGUGUUUGGACAAAGUGGACAAAGGAAGGAAAUCUGUGGUUUGAUCCAGUAAGUCUGGACGCCUCUAAGGGAGGAGAGAAAGGAGGAGACUGGAGGUCUGCGCCGAAUCUGACGUCAGGAUCAGUCUGCAAAGAUAAGCCGUGGGGCUCAACAUUAACUACAGAGUCCAUCCUUUCCAGGGAGGUGCUGGAUAUCAGAGGGGUUCUGGUGCAAAGUCUGGCGCAGAUCCGACACUAUGAGGGCAGCAGAUCAGAGCCGCGGUCUUCAGCCUCGCCACUGAACCGUCAAAAAGAGAAAAUGGGAAGUGCGAGUGAAGACCUGCUCGUCACACUCCAGAUCUUGCCCGGCUUCUUCUCCAACUGUCUCUUUCUGGCUCUGUACGACUCCGUAGUGCUGGUGAAGCGCGUCGUGACCCUACUGAGCCGGUCGCACUCCGCCGGCUGCGGAGAGUGGCGCCGCAUGCUGACAUCCGAGGGGCUGCGCUCCAUCUGGAACAGCUUCCUGCUGGACGCCUACAAACAGGUGAAACUUGGCUGUGAGGCACCAAACUCCAAGGUGGUGAAGGUUCCUGAUGGACCUCGGUGGAGCAGCACUGUUGUCCCAUAUGGGUCAAGGAUCCAGACUGGAGGUGAAUGUCGCCUUCUGGAUUUCGAGUCAUCAGAUCGCCCUCUGGUGGUGAACUUUGGCUCGGCCACCUGACCCCCAUUCAUCAGCCACUUGCCUGCCUUCCGGCAGCUUGUGGAGGACUUUAGCGACGUGGCUGAUUUCCUGUUGGUCUAUAUUGAUGAGGCCCAUCCUGCCGAUGGCUGGGUGGCCCCUCCCAUGGGGCCCUGUUCUUUCAGUUUCCGAAAACACCAGAACCUUGAGGAGAGAAUAGGAGCUGCACGCCAACUCAUCGAUCACUUUUCCCUACCGCCACAGUGCCAGCUAGUGGCCGACUGCAUGGAUAACAAUGCCAACGUGGCUUACGGGGUGGCAAAUGAACGAGUCUGCAUAGUGCACCAAAGGAAGAUCGCCUACCUGGGAGGAAAGGGACCAUUUUUCUACAACCUGAAGGAUGUGAGGCAGUGGCUGGAACAGAGUUACGGCAGACGGUAGGAGUUAUGAAUGACAUGACAGAGGACACAUGAAAACAGAGCCUCUUGGCUUUGUAUAAGGUAAACUGAAAAAAGUUUGUCAUAAAGAUGUCAGCCAUUGGGCUCUAAACAACUAUUUUCUGGAACUGCAGAGCACUUUUUUUGUUUUCAUACACACCAAGUGUGUUUUGUCCGCGUUUGUACCGAUUUGCUGCUGAAAAACAUGUUUUAAGAAGAAAAACACUAAUUUCCAAAUUUGAAAAUAUUUAAAAAAGAUUUUGUGAUUAUUUUUAGAAGGAUUGUAUAUUUUUUACAUCUUUGUUAGAUGUUUUUUGCACUAUUCCAACAAAUCAACUUUUAUCUGCACCUUUACCUUCUUGGUUUUCCAUGCAGGACAUGCUACAGCAAUGUUCUCAAUCAUGUUUUGAUAUAAAAUCAAAAUAGAUUUAAUGUGGCAGAAAUUUGACUCAAUGUGGCCUUUCCUUUUCAUCCCAUUGUUAUUUUAAAUGGGGUUCUUUCAUACAAUAACUGCAUGCAGAGGACAUUAUUCCAUUGGUUUAAAAAGCAAAUCUAGCUUAGGGCCACAGGUCUUCAUGGUUUGUCUGUAUUUUAUUUCCUAGUUCCACUACUUUAAUACCACCUCAGGGAUUCAGGAUGGUAAUUGUGUGCUUUUGGUUUCAUUCCAUGUGAGCUUAACUAAAACAUAAAGCCCAGCUUUAAUCUUAUCUGGCAAUUAAAACUUUCCUCCAGCUGACAUGAUGCUUUGCCGUGUUCACUAACAUUUAGAAACACUUCUACCUGCCUUGCUGUUUUGGAGCGAUUUCCACAGGUUGAAUUAUGCAGAAAGUUCAGGCUUUUGAAAUACCUCAAUACUGAGAAUUAUAUUUGGACUAGACUUGAUUAUGAGGAUCACCUUAAAAAAAGCUGUUUGUAAUUGGCAUUAUUUAGGCAUGACAAAAGCUAUUGGUACAUUUACUCAUCAGUUAUAGGUUGUACCACAUUUUUAUUUGACUAAGGGACUCCUUUUAAAUUAUUUGUCUUUUGAAUGAUUUCUGGGGGUUUGGAAAGAGAUUUGGUUGAAUUUUGGAAUUACAGCAUUACAUUAAGGUAGAUCCAACUUACCACUUUGUAACAUUUCAACAGUGGACGAAGACACUGCUGCGGCGCAAAAAUCCGUCUAAAAGUAGGUGAUCUUUACAGGGUGUUGGUGAGGCCAGGCAAGCAUGAAGAAGUGAGUGUGCUCCCCGUUAGAGAAGAAUGGAUCACGGAAAGUCAUGGAGGGUUUUGAGCAUGCAUGAAAAGUUAGAAUAGAAUAGAAACAGCUUUUAUUGUCCAGCAAAGGGAAAAUCAGGGGGAUAACAGCAGCAACAGACAUUAAGGGUUACUCAAAAAGUGAACAGAAGCAGAUUUUUCAGUUAACAUGGUGGACAUUUGUAGCUUGUGUUUUAUGCCAAGUAAAACCCAAAAUGCCAUUGGUAUUUAGGUGAUGGACAUCAAAUAUAAAGUUUAACAUAAGUUCUUUAGAAUAACU